UGCAUGCAUGUAAAUAAAUAAAAAAUUGAUGAGACCGAGACGUGCGGCAGUGCGCGCUAGUUUUAAAAAUCUACGUCCGCAAACAGUGAAAAAUUCCUCGUUUAUCGAUCACCGCGCUUAAUCUAAUUAAAAGAAUGGCCAACCCAACGCAAAUGGUAAAAUCGCCGAAAAGCAGCUCCGCACCGGACGAACCGUGCUCGAAGCUGCGAAUCUUGGCCCUGCAUGGCUACCGGCAAAACGGCGACGGAUUCAAAUCCAAACUCGGCUCCUUCCGGAAGUUCGUGGGCAAGUACGCCGAACUGGUGUUCGUGACGGCACCGCACGUUGCGCCACCGCUGCCGGACAGUGAACCGGGUGCGGAGCCCGAUCCGACGCAGAGGAGCUGGUGGUUCAACAAAGACGACGGCACCUUCAAGGGAACGAACAAAAGUGGCCCAGCCAUUGGGUUCGCCGAGAGUCUCAAGCUGGUGGAGAAGGUGUGGAAGGAAGAGAAGUGCUGUGCGCUGCUGGGCUUUUCUCAGGGGGCUUGCUUCGUGGGGCUUUUGUGUGACUUGAGUGCGCGAGGUAUGACGCCCAUAAAGCCGGAGUUUGCGGUGCUAUCGUCCGGAUUUCGGUCCGGUAGUUUGGUACAUUUGAAUUUUUAUGAAACCAAGGUGCAGAUACCGUCGUUGCACAUUUACGGCGAGUCGGAUGAGAUUAUUCCGAAAGAGAUGAGCAUGGCAUUGGCAGGCACCUUCAUGGAGCCACAAGUGUUGACCCAUCCGGGAGGGCACUUCCUGCCGGCCCAAGCCGCCCAGAAGCAAACCUACGUGGAGUUCUUCCGCGAGCGGUUACAGUUCCACCUGGAGGCGAAAGAAAUCGAGAAUGCCACCGUCGCAAACAGCAUAAUGUUGGACGAUAAUCGUGCGGCGAUGGCCGGCAGUGGUACCGGAAAUGGAAUCCAUGACGACGAGGAUGAUGACGAUUCGGAUUAAGGGAAUGUAAAGAAGGUUGAAUACAAUUUGUUUUUUCCGUUUUG